CUAGUAUCGAAACAACAAACUGAGCCAUGCUAGCUCUAGUGUAGCUAUAGAAUUGUACGGAAUAAGAUAGCCCAAAGCACUAACGUUAUUUCUAAAAGUGAUUAAUGUUAUUUGUUGGACUUGCAAAGUAGUACACGUAAAAACGUUAUAACUUCAGCAACAUCUGGAUCAUUUUGAUUUAUGUUUUUAGCAAGGGAUUGCUUCAAACAGCGAGGUAAGUUGUAAAAUGGCGGAUAAGAUUCUGUGAAUAUGUCGUUGUAUGUCGCUGUACUGUAUAUUAAGGAAGAGAUGAACAGCUCUGCAGCUCUGUCUUGGUGCUGAUAUGUCAGGUUUAACAUCCAUUCGGUCAGAUCUUGAGGAGAGGAAGUCCAUCCUGAUUUGCAAGGGUCUGAAAAGAAAAUGUUAAAGAAAUGAUAGCAGCACAAGAGUUACACUCAGAUUUCCAGUUUCCUCAGGAGGCUGAUACACAGUUGUCAUCUGAUACAGACCUUGAGGACCCUGAUGGAAAGAAUGCAAAGACAUGGAAAGGAAAAGCUGGCAAAAAGGGCAAAAAAGCCCCUGGAGAAAAGGCCAAAGGUGGUCCUGGAGGAAAGGGCGCAGGUGUGGGUCGAGUGAAUGGCCACCACCAGGAAAAUGAGACGGAGACUAUGACCUUGUUUGAGGUGGUGAAGAUGGGAAAGAGUGCCACUCAGUCCGUUGUAGAUGACUGGAUUGAGUCAUACAAGCAUGACCGGGACAUUGCUCUCCUGGACCUGAUCAACUUCUUCAUCCAGUGCUCUGGCUGUAAAGGUGCCGUCAGCGGCGAGAUGUUCCGAAACAUGCAGAACUCCGAGAUCAUCCGGAAGAUGACGGAAGAGUUCGACGAGGACAGUGGGGACUAUCCGCUGACCGUGGCCGGGCCGCAGUGGAAGAAGUUCAAGUCGAGCUUCUGCGAGUUCAUUGGCGUCCUGGUGCGCCAGUGCCAGUACAGCAUCAUCUACGACGAGUACAUGAUGGACACGGUCAUCUCGCUGCUCACCGGCCUGUCCGACUCCCAGGUCCGAGCCUUCCGACACACCAGCACGCUCGCAGCAAUGAAGUUGAUGACCGCGUUGGUGAACGUGGCUCUCAACCUCAGUAUCAACAUGGACAACACACAGAGGCAGUACGAGACGGAGAGGAACAAGGUCGCGGGGAAGCGAGCCAACGACAGGCUGGAGCUCCUGUUGCAGAAGCGCAAGGAGCUUCAGGAAAAUCAAGAUGAGAUCGAAAACAUGAUGAAUGCCAUUUUCAAAGGAGUGUUUGUUCACCGAUACCGCGAUGCUAUAGCUGACAUCCGGGCAAUCUGCAUCGAGGAGAUUGGGGUGUGGAUGAAAAUGUACAGCGACGCAUUUCUCAACGACAGUUAUCUGAAGUACGUGGGGUGGACGAUGCACGACAAGCAAGGUGAGGUGAGGCUGAAGUGUCUGACGGCGCUCCAGGGCCUGUACUACAACCGGGAGCUCAACACCCGCCUGGAGCUGUUCACCAGCCGCUUCAAGGAUCGCAUCGUGUCCAUGACUCUGGACAAGGAGUAUGACGUCGCCGUGCAAGCCAUCAAGCUGUUGACCUUGGUCUUACACAGCAGCGACGAGGUGCUCACGGCGGAGGACUGCGAGAGCGUGUACCACCUGGUCUACUCCGCUCACAGGCCGCUGGCCGUGGCCACCGGGGAGUUCCUCUACAAGAAGCUCUUCAGCCACCGGGGCGCGGAGGAGGAGGGGCUGCCCAGGAGGGGGAGGCAGAGCCACAACGGCAGCCUCAUCAAGACCACCGUCUUCUUCUUCCUGGAGAGCGAGCUCCACGAGCACGGCGCCUACCUGGUGGACAGCCUGUGGGAGUGUGCUGCCGAGCUGCUGAAGGACUGGGAGAGCAUGAUCAGCCUGCUGCUGGACGAGCCCAUGCCGGGGGAGGAGGCCCUGACAGACCGUCAAGAGACGGCCCUGAUAGAGCUCAUGCUCUGUGCCAUACGCCAGGCGUGCGAGUGCCACCCUCCUGUGGGCCGCGGGACGGGGAAGAGGGUCUUGACCGCCAAGGAGAAGAAGACUCAGCUGGACGACCGGACGAAAAUCACGGAGAUUUUUGCCGUGGCUUUGCCUCUGCUGUUGGCCAAGUACUCGGUUGAUGCGGAAAAAGUUACCAAUUUACUCCAGCUACCGCAGUUCUUUGACUUGGAAAUCUAUACCACCGGUCGAUUAGAAAAGCACUUGGAGUCUCUGAUGCGGCAGAUCCGGGAGGUGGUGGAGAAGCACACCGAGACAGAUGUGCUGGAGGCCUGCUCCAUGACCUACCACGCCCUCUGCAACGAGGAGUUCACCAUCUUCAACAAGGUGGACAUCGCCCGCUCACAGCUGCUGGACGAGCUGGUGGACAAGUUCAACAGGCUACUGGAGGACUUUUUACAAGAGGGGGAGGAGCCUGAUGAAGAUGAUGCGUACCAGGUUCUGUCCACACUGAAGAGAAUCACCGCGUUCCACAACGCGCACGAUCUCUCUCAAUGGGAUUUAUUCGCCAGCAAUUAUAAACUACUCAACACGGGUCUCCAGAACGGGGACAUGCCCGAGCAGAUUGUCAUCCACGCGAUGCAGUGCACACACUACAUCAUCCUGUGGCACCUCGCCAAGGUCUCCGAGGGCAGCUCCAAAAAGGGGGACAUGGUGACCCUGAGGAAGCAGAUGAGGGCGUUCUGCCUGAUGUGUCAGCGGUACCUGACCAGCGUCAACACCACAGUCAAAGAGCAGGCCUUCACCAUCCUGUGUGACGCCCUGAUGAUCUUCAGCCACCAGAUCGUGUCGUCGGGCCGCGAGCAGCUGGAGACCCUGAUCUACACGCCCGACUCCUCCCUCCAGGCGGAGCUGCUCAGCUUCAUCCUGGACCACGUCUUCAUCGACCAGGACGAGGACAACAACAGCGCAGACGGGCAGCAAGAUGACGAGGCCAGUAAAAUCGAGGCGUUGCAUAAAAGGCGAAACUUUCUGGCGGCCUACUGCAAGCUGAUCAUUUACAAUGUGGUGGAGAUGAACACUGGAGCGGACAUAUUUAAGCAGUACAUGAGGUAUUACAAUGAUUAUGGAGAUAUCAUUAAGGAGACCAUGGCUAAAACGAGACAAAUUGAUAAAAUCCAGUGUGCCAAGACACUCAUUCUGAGUUUGCAGCAGUUGUUCAACGAGAUGUUGUCCGAUCUCGGGUGCACCUUCGACCGCUCCUCGUCCUCAUUCUGCGGCAUUAAAGAGCUGGCCCGACGGUUCUCCCUGACCUUUGGCCUGGAUCAGCUCAAGACCAGGGAGGCCAUAGCCAUGUUACACAAGGAUGGCAUCGAGUUUGCCUUCAAGGAGCCCAGUCCUCAGGGAGAGGGAAACCCACCUCUCAACCUCGCCUUUCUGGACAUCCUGAGCGAGUUCUCCUCCAAACUGCUCCGACAGGACAAGAAAACCGUUCACCUGUACCUGGAGCGGUUCAUGACCUUCCAGAUGGCCCUGCAGCGGGAGGACUGCUGGCUCCCCCUCAUCUCCUACAGGAACUCCCUCCAGGCCGGAGGAGACGACGACACCAUGUCGGUCAUCAGCGGCAUCAGCAGCCGGGGCUCCACCGUCAGGAGCAAGAAGGCCAAGCCAGCCAGCACCGGCAAGCGGAAACUGCCAGAAGAGGAGACCAGCUGCAGCAGCAUGGACGCCGCGUGGCUGAACCGCGAGCAGGGAGCCCAGACGCCGGGCAUGAUGCCCUCCCCCCACCUCACCUCCACCGUCCUGAGGGACCCCAAGAAGCCGAGGGCGGACGACGGCUACGCGGGCAUGUACGCCAUGACGUCGGAACCGACGCCGCACCAGCCCACGGCCCACCCGCAGCACCAUCACCAAGCCCCCAUGGACUACAACACCCAGGUAACGUGGAUGCUGGCACAGAGGCAGCAAGCGGAGGCCCGGCAGCAACAGGAGCGUGCCAGCAUGCAGUACGCCAAGAUGAGGAGCCACAUGCAGCACGCCAUCCGACGAGGGUCGGGGCUCAUGGAGGACGACGAGGAGCCGAUAGUCGAGGAUGUGAUGAUGUCGUCCGAGGAUCGCUUGGAAGACCUCAACGAGGGCAUGGAUUUCGACACCAUGGAUAUCGAUCUGCCACCGUCAAAGAAUCGCAGGGAGAGAUUGGAACUGAAGCCUGACUAUUUUGAUCCAUCUUCUAUCAUGGAUGAUUCGGUCCUCAAUGUUUCAAUGUUCUAAACUGGUUUGGGUAGAUCUUCGAGGAGGACGGCUUGUGUUACCGAAAACCUUUUUGAAGACUAGAAGUAUUCUCUGUAGAGAAUUUAGUUCAAGAUUUACCCAUGGGACUUCAUGAGAUGGUAGUGGAUGCCCAUAUGACAUCAUGUUUUGAAUUUGACCUUUACCAUUGUCAAUCUUUGGAAAGGCUUAUGUAAAUACAUAACGGCUGAUAUACAAUUUUAAAAAUCUGGCAUGGCAUGCAGCCAUAUUAUAUAGAGCAUAUAUAUAUAUACAGUAAGAGAAAAUGUGAAAUGUCUUCAUAUUGUUAGAAGGCCUUUCCGCAAAUAUGAAACAUAAGGUUCUCAGAAUUCUCUCUCUGUCAUGGUAUUUUUUAGAGGUUUCUCUGUUCUGCUUUUAUAACUUAUAGAAAACUUUGAUUUAUAGAUAUUUUGUAAUGACAAUCAGAUGUAAAUCGAUACUUUAUAAUCAUGUUAUUACACAUAGAGUACAGAAAUUAACCUUUGUAUUGGAAUUGCUGGUGUGUUACAUUGAAUGUGGCAGUUAGUUUCUUUCGCCAGUGUUAUAAUUAAGACCUCUUGUUAAACUGAUCAUGCCCAAGUUGCCAAAAUGACUCAUUUGAUAGGCAUAAUUAUUAUUAUGAAUCACUUUAAUUGUUUGAUUUGAAUGCUAUGUAGCUUUUGAAGAGUGGUACAAAUGUUUGCAGAGGGUUUGUAUAAAAGACAGCAGUCAGAAUAUUCACUGUUGUACCACUGUGUAAUGUCUGUAAGAGAAGUUGUUAUAGUUUUAAAAAUACAGCAUUAUAGACAUUGGAUAAGCUAUCACAACAUCAUAAUACAUUAUUAUAUAUAUAUUAUAGGUAUAAACAUAUAUUGUGUGAUAUAUUGUGAAUCGGUGCUCAUUUUAUAUUUAGUUGAUUUGAAUUCCAGCUUCGGCGACGGUUCAAUAGAAUGUAAACAGGUUGAAAUCAUCCACCCAACUAAUGUGCAGUCAUGCAUAUGAAUUCUCAUUUGAAUUUGUAUGGUUCUGUUCCGUUUGUGUUUUUUUAAGUAUUCUUGUUCAAUUAAUGUUUCUUUACCUCUGUGUACAUUAGGUCAGUUAGCCGAUUCCCAACAGGUAUUUCUGGAGGAUUAAGAUAAAUCAUUGAUUGUGUAAAAAUUAUAGUUUUAUACAGCCACAGCAGCUUGAAACCGGUGAGAAAUCCUCUCCAUUGUCAAAAACAGAAAUGUUACACCGAAGUCUAAAUGCAGAACUACAAACCAGAAAGAGAUAUAAUAUUUUCAUUAUUUAGAUUGUAGUAAUGUUAGACAGGAAAGAGUACGUAAUUAUAUCCCAUUGAUGUUUCACUUAAAUUAGACAUAGGCUGCAUAAGGUCAUUUCCUUUCUAUUGUCACUGCGUUGAACUGCUGAGAGAAAGUGUGUGCAUACAUAAAUGUAUAUGUAUACACAUACAUAUAUUAUAUAUAUUCAAGUGUAUAUAAAUUUGUGUUUUUUAUUCUAUUUACAAAGUGUCCACUGUACCAUUUAUGGUUUGUAUUUAUGUCUGGAGACAGUAACUUUUUGAACAAAAUAAACCCCCUGCAAUUGUGUGAUGAUACA